AUGAACCACAAGAGCAAGAAGAGGAUUAAAGAGGCCAAACGCAGUGCCAGGCCAGAGUUGAAGGACUCGCUAGACUGGAUAAAACACGCUUAUCACGAUACAUUUAACGUGUCGCACAGCUCUGUCAAGGACAAUGUGGAACGCGUGGACGCGGUACGUCUGAGCCCUGAAGAGUUCAUCGAGCGCUUCGAGAGGCCCUACAAGCCCGUGGUUCUCCUCCGCUGUCAGGAGUCGUGGCCCGCGCAGCAAAAAUGGACCCUGGAGCGUUUGAAACGCAAGUACCGCAACCAGAAGUUCAAAUGCGGAGAGGACAACGACGGCUACUCCGUCAAGAUGAAGAUGAAAUACUACGUGGAGUACCUAGAGGGCACCCGCGACGAUAGCCCGCUUUACAUCUUUGACAGCAGCUACGGCGAGCACGCCAAACGUCGAAAACUACUGCAAGACUACGAAGUGCCAGUCUUUUUCACUGAUGACCUCUUUCAGUUCGCCGGAGAGAAGCGUCGGCCGCCAUACAGGUGGUUCGUGAUGGGUCCUGCUCGCUCGGGGACGGGCAUCCACAUUGACCCACUGGGCACCAGCGCCUGGAACGCUCUGGUACAGGGCCAUAAGAGGUGGUGCCUGUUCCCCACAAACACGCCACGAGACCUCAUCAAGGUGACGCGAGAGGAUGGCGGCAAUCAGCAGGACGAGGCCAUUACCUGGUUCAACGUGGUGUACCCCCGUACGCAGCAGCCUGGAUGGCCCCCUGAGUUUCGACCACUGGAGAUACUGCAGAAACCCGGAGAGACGGUCUUUGUGCCCGGCGGCUGGUGGCACGUUGUGCUCAACCUAGACACUACCAUUGCUGUCACGCAGAACUUUGCCAGCACUACCAACUUUCCCAUUGUUUGGCACAAAACUGUCCGUGGACGCCCCAAACUGUCCCGCAAGUGGUACAGGAUUUUAAAGCAGGAGCGACCCGAUCUGGCGGCGCUGGCGGACCGAGUGGACCUGCAGGAGUCUACGGGAAUCGCGUCCGACAGUUCCAGCGACUCGUCCUCGUCAUCCUCCAGCUCCUCCGACUCAGACUCCGAUGCUGAGUCGUGCUCAGAAGGGGACGCGGCGUCCCACCGCAGGAAGAAGAGACGCACGUGCGGCUCGGCGGCCAACGGAGACACUCGCGGGAACGACGACUGCCUCAGCAAAGAGAGGAGUUCGUCGCGGUGA